CACCCCUGUUAGUGAGGAGUUCGCAGUGCUUUUUCACGCGGCAAUUUCAUACUUUAUAAUCGACUUCUUAUGAUUACGUGCGCGGAUUGGUCAGAAAAAAACAUAGUUGAGUAGCUAUUAACGUUAUAGAAAAACAUUGAAAUACGAUCGGAACAUUGUCGACAUGCUACCAAUGUCGUGGUGUGAUGCGGUAAAUUCACAGAAUCCUAAACAAUUGGACGAUUGCUUGUACAAAAAUAACGACGAAUUUCAGUGUAAAAAUUGUUCAUUAUUCUUAUAAUGCGUCUCGAUGACUUUUGACCGGCAUUUUAAUGACGGGGUGAAACAUUUACAAUGUAUCAAGUAAUCAUUUGACAAAACAUAAUUAAAAAUAUCGUGGUUGUGACAUAACCUAAAACAAUGAGCAAAAGUAACGUUGAUUUAGCCGACGUUGAUCUCGAUGAUCCGCGGUUUCGCAUCAAACCGUAUCAACAAAUGGUUGCAUCAUGUACCGGUGCUUUGAUUACAUCUAUUUUCGUAACUCCUCUUGAUGUUGUAAAAAUUCGGCUUCAAACUCAACAAAAAGCAAUGCUAUCGAACAAGUGUUUUUUGUACUGCAAUGGCUUGAUGGAUCACUUGUGUCCUUGUUUUAAUUCCAAAACCCCGACAUGGAUGAAAGAAAAUGGAAAGUUUACUGGAACAGUGGAUGCUCUUAUCAAGAUAGGAAAAAGAGAAGGCAUAUUUUCACUGUGGAGCGGACUGAGCCCAACGCUCGUCCUUGCUGUACCUGCUACUAUAAUCUAUUUUGUAUCUUACGAACAAUUAAGAGUAUAUAUAAAAGAUAAAUAUAACAGCAGAUUACCUGAGCAAAAGACACAAAUAAAAGAGCAACCUUUUUGGAUUCCAAUGGUUGCCGGGGCCACAGCGCGAAUUUGGGCAGCAAGCAUAGUCAGUCCCUUGGAACUUAUAAGAACGAAGAUGCAAUCACAAAAGAUAAGCUACAUAGAAAUGAAUCAAGCUCUGAAGACAGUAAUCAAGCACAGUGGAAUUCAAGGUUUGUGGAUGGGCUUAAGUUCAACCUUGCUUCGUGAUGUACCUUUUAGUGCAAUUUACUGGUUCAAUUACGAGACGAUAAAAAAGAUUUUCCCAGGCUCACAACAUACUUUUAGUUUCAAUUUAGCGGCUGGAGCCGCGGCUGGUUCUAUCGCUGCUUUCGUAACAAUUCCUUUUGAUGUUGUAAAAACACACAGACAAAUAGAGAUGGGUGAAAAAGAAAUAUAUUCCGAACGUCCAGGUCCCGGUCGCAGUGGUGGUACAUUCGACGUAAUAAAACGAAUCUAUGGACAGAAUGGUAUACGAGGCUUAUUUACGGGUUUGACACCACGCUUGGUCAAAGUUGCACCGGCAUGUGCAAUUAUGAUUGCGACUUUUGAGCACGGCAAGCGUUUCUUCCAAGCAUAUAACGCGAAUCAAUUGCUUGAACUCGAGAGGGAUGUGCACUUGAUGCAUCAGACGUCUGGCGAAUCUUGAAUGACAAUUUGCGAGCCCUCCAUGUGCAUAAGGAUGUAAAUAAAUCAUAUCUUCAGAAAAAUAAAAUGAUAUUUCGAAAAGGAUAAA